AUGGGAAACACACAACACCACAAACAACAAGACGAGGAUGCAACAACAUCCUCUUGUUGCCAAAAGUUUCCACACCUCGUUGAAGCCAACAGGCUCUUCAGUUCCAUGGUGACUCUCGUAGAUGAUGAGCCACAGUACCGAUAUGACUUUUUUGAUAGAAACAAACAAUUACUCGAAUUUCAUAUCCUAAGACAAACCAACUCUCUUCUGAUCAUGCAUCUUGGAGAUUGCAAACGAAUAUACCAAACAAUUUUUUCAUACAUGGCAGUUAGAGAUUUGUUGUCUCUCUCGUUAACAUGUCGCUUAAUGUUUCUAUACUGGACCAAGGAUGAUGAAAUAUGGAGGAAUGUUAUUCCGUCUUCCACAAAAACUGAACUUCUCUCUAUUCAACCAUUUGAUUUUUCGAUUUUUGGAAUUCGAUCGUGGCGAGAUUGCUGCAAACAUUUUUAUUGCAAAGAGCUUUGGAAACGGCUUGAAUCUCAAUACGAAUUUGUUGAUGGAUCCAUGUGUAGUAAUAACAGUGACGAUGAAUCAAGUAGGACCUCCAAUCGUUUGUCUCAAACGUUCCCCAGGACAGCGAAUGAUCUUGAAGAAUUUCGAGUUCAUUUCAUUUGUGAUGAAAAGAAACAGCGCAUGGCUCGAUACUUGCAAACAAUCCUCAAACAUUGCAAGGAGCCUUUUCAAGAAGAUUCUUCAAAUAAGAGAGCAAGUAGACGUUUCUUGGACCGUCGAGUAACACGAGUCAGAGAACUGCGAUGUGACCGUUCACCUAUUACUUUUGAAAUUCAAUGUCUUGUUGGAACGAAUUCAAGACCCAAUUGCUCGUGUAAAAUAGCAUGUAUAGACUUGUCAGAGACAAUGUACGACAAUUACUUGUCACAAACAGAUUUCAAAAAUGAUCGAGAGCUUGUCGAGGAAUUCUGUAAGAAAGAUCUUGAUUGUGGAGAAGUACUUCGUGAAUAUUUGCAACAAUUAACGAAUGCUGCAAAUUCUGAUACAGUCAAGCCUGGAAGUAUGGUUAUUUGUGGCUUGAGUUAUUCAAAAAAGAAUGAAAUUAAUCCUAAAAUGAAAUUAGUAGCCAAGGCCAUUUCUCGAUGCUACAAAUUGCCCUAUAUUGAAAUUGACGUGGGCUCUUCCUCGCGCAGAAGAGACUUGUUGUUUUAUUAUUCUGCAUUUUGUCAUUCAAACCGAGUCACUCCUUCUCAACUAGCAUUUCUUUCAACAAAUAAUUUAGAGGAUGAAUGGAAAUAA